AGUCUGCAGUGCAAUAACCGAACUAAUAAUGGGACGACGCAAGGCAUCAACUUUAAAAGGGAAAGCACAGAAAGAAGAUGCUCAACAAGAAAGUCUCGUCAAGGAUACUGAGCGUACGUCUUUUGAAGAGCAAUCAGAAGAACGCUCUUCACCUGAACCAGAAACCGACGAGGGAAUCAUUCAAAGCGAAAGCUCUACGCCAGUGAACGAAGAGGACCCAGACUACGACUCGGACGAAAUUGUGUAUUCAUCAGAGGACGACGAGGAAGAAGUUGAGGAAGCACCGGAAGCUGUUUCCAUCAAAGCUGCCAAAGAGGAUGCGUUGUCCGCGGCCCAGGUUGCUCGGGAAUUGGAGAAGAAACAGAAAGCGGAAGAAAAGGCAAAGCGCCGUGCCCAUACUUCCCGCUUAGCCGCGCAACAUGCCGAAAAAAAGUCCCGUCUUGCUGACGGCCUCACCAGAUUGCCCGACGAACUACUACAAGCAGCCGAGGAGCUUGACGAAAGAGAAGAUCAAGGGGAGGAAGAAUCACCAAAAGCAGGCAAACACACACGAUUGAUUGAUGAUAAUUCCGAUGAUGAGAAGCCACAGAAGCGACGAAGAAAGAAAUCUGCGGCUUCUGGGGAAUAUAUUGUGAACGGCUUCAGGGUGGUGGCUAGGAAUGCGAUAUCAAAGCCUUCUGCAGCGGAUAUGAAAGUGUUGGAGUUUCGAAACCGGCAACUGUUUGGUGACAGAAUCAAGAGGGCAGAUGGUCCAACAAAUUUCUCGUCAGCGCGAAGAACAAACGGGGCGCCUGCAUUCUUUGUUCGUACAUAAAUUCCAUUUCCCUGCCUUUUAAUUGUAAUUAUUUAUUUUGCAGUGUCUGGCUGUAUCUCUUUGCAAAACAAGUAAACAUAAACAUAUUGGAA